AUGUACUUGAAAGUUAAAGAUUAUGAUGAAUUGUUGCCUGAAGAAGGACUAGAACCUGGAACUCGGUGGGGUUUAAUGUUUGAUGAAGCUGUUAAUGCUUAUGAUAAUCGAAUUGGGGAAAUCAUUAUUACUCCUAAGGAAUAUGAAGCUUGUAUCAUGGUUCUUGAAGAAGCCAUUUAUUUGAGUAUUAAAAUCCUUGAUGUGUAUGGAGAUUCAACCUUGGUGAUAAAUCAGAUUAAAGGAGAAUGGGAGACUCGUCAUCCUGGUUUGAUUCCUUACCAAUAUUAUGCAAGGAGAAUGUUAAGUUUCUUCAAUAAAAUAGAGUUUCAUCAUAUACCUCAUGAAGAGAAUCGGAUGGAGGAUGCUCUGGCUACUUUGUCUUCUAUGUAUAAAGUAAAUCAUUGGAAUGACGCGCCUAGUAUCAAGAUUAUGUGCCUUGAUAGACUUGCUAACAUGUUUGUAGCAGAAGAAGUCACUAAUGAUAAGCCUUGGUAUCUUGAUAUUAAAUAUUUCCUCUAG